GCCCACUCGGGCGAACCCCGUAUAAAAAGGACCGCGGAGAGCCACCGGGGCCAGGCGGGGAGGAGGAAGAAGAGAGGAAGAGAAAGGACCCUCCGGAGAGCAUCCUCGCUCGGGCGCAGCCUCCCCGCGGCAGAGCCUCGGCUGGCCUGGAAAAUGCCUAGAUCAUGCUGCAGCCGCUCGGGGGCCCUCCUGCUUGCCCUGCUGCUUCAGGCCUUCGUGGAAGUGCGUGGCUGGUGUCUGGAGAGCAGCCAGUGCCAGGACCUCACCACGGAAAGUAACCUGCUGGCCUGCAUUCGGGCCUGCAAGGCCGACCUCUCAGCCGAGACGCCCGUGUUUCCCGGGAACGGCAACGGCGAGGAACAGCUGCUGGCUGAGCAGCCCCGGAAGUACGUCAUGGGCCACUUCCGCUGGGACCGCUUCGGCCGCGGGGCCGGCGCGGAGGAGGAGGAGGAGGCGGCGGUGGCCGCGGGCGGCGGCGAUGGCGCCGAGGCGGGGCCGCGCGAGGGCAAGCGCUCCUACUCCAUGGAGCACUUCCGCUGGGGCAAGCCGGUGGGCAAGAAGCGGCGCCCGGUGAAGGUGUACCCCAACGGCGCCGAGGACGAGUCGGCCGAGGCCUUCCCCGUGGAGUUCAAGCGGGAGCGGCCCGAGCCGGCGCGCGGCCCCGAGGGCGCCGCCGCGACCCAGGGCGAGGCGGUCCCCGCCGACCCCCCGGAGUACGGGCCGGGGGCGGAGGCCGGGGCCCAGCCGGCGCUCAAGAAGGACGAGGGGCCCUACAAGAUGGAGCACUUCCGCUGGGGCAGCCCGCCCAAGGACAAGCGCUACGGCGGCUUCAUGAGCUCGGAGAAGAGCCAGACGCCCCUGGUGACGCUGUUCAAGAACGCCAUCAUCAAGAACGCCCACAGGAAGGGCCAGUGAGGGCCUCUCUCCCCCAGGGAAGGCCACCCCUUACCCCCCUCUCGUAGGCCGGCCCGCCCCCCAGCCUGGCUGGGCCACUCGCUCCUGCGGUGGGAGCGGCACGCGGCCUGUGAAAGCUGCCUGUAGUUAGGAAAUAAAGCCUUUCCAGUUGCA